AUGGCUACAGGCUCCCCAGAAAGCAGAACACGCAGCGGGCGGCAGUCAGUGGAGAGGAGACUUCCCAAAGUAAAGUGCGAUGUUCUUCCCUGCUUCAAUGGAGGAGAAUGUUGGCAGAAGAAGUUCUGUGACUGCAGCCGGUACAACGCAUCGGGAUCUAGAUGUCAGAUAGUAUAUAAUACAGGCCCGGAGAGAGAGAACAUCUGCCGGACGUGGGGGCAGUAUCAUUAUGAGACCUUUGAUGGACUUUAUUUUUUUUUCCCUGGAAAAUUCACGUAUGACCUCCUGCGCCAAGCAGAACCAGAUGAGCAGAGAUUUUCCAUACAGGUGCACAACGACCCGUCCUGCGCCUCCCACCCCUACUCUUGCGCUCGCUUCGUCACACUGUACUUUGCUGGUGCCGGGGAAGUGACGUUACAGGAACACAUUGUUCUCCUCAACAACCUCAGGGUGCAGCUGCCAUAUACCAGUGGGGUGCUGAGGAUACAACGCCUCGCCGGAUACAUCAUCAUCACUCAGCACUACGCCUUCUCCUUGGCCUGGGAUGGAAACUCCGCUAUUUAUCUGAAAAUGAGUCCGGAUUAUGUCGGUAGAACCCACGGAAUAUGUGGCAAUAAUAACUGGAUCCCCCACGAUGAUCUGGUGACAAGUUAUGGUAAAGUGACAGAGGACAUUGAGGAAUUUGUGAACAGCUGGAGGGAGGAUUUGCCCCAGAAAUUGUGGCUGAACCCGGCCCCGUCCACUUCCUAUGAGCCACCAUGUGCUAAGCUGAAGCCGCAGGCGAGACAGGUGGCGCACUCUCUCUGCAGCUCGUUACUUCAGCCUCCAUUUCAGAGUUGUCACGAGUUGGUGAGUCCGGAGCCCUUCAUGGCGAGCUGCGCAGAUGACCUGUGCAUGUCAGAGAUGGACAUGGGCACCUUGUGCAGAGCUCUGGCAGAGUAUGCCCGCGCCUGUGCUCACGCCGGGCACCCACUGCAAGGAUGGAGGGAGGUGUUCAAAAAGUGUGACGUUACAUGUGACACUGGCCUGGUAUACAAAGAAUGCAUUGAAUGUUGUCCAACCUCGUGCCACCUGAGGAAGCCAUGUAUGGACAGCGAGAUCUCCUGUGUAGACGGCUGCUACUGUCCUGAGGGGAUGGUUCUAGAAAAUGAAACUUGUGUUCAUCCCUCUGAAUGUCCCUGCGAUUUCCAUGGCGUCCCCCGCCAAGCUGGCACUGUGGUGCAGGACCAGUGUAACAACUGCACUUGUUCUGAAGGAAAAUGGGUUUGCACAGAGCUGACUUGUCCAGCCGAGUGUUCUGUCACCGGGGACUUUCACAUUAUGACGUUUGAUGGACGUAAAUACACUUUCCAGGCCCCAUGCCAGUACAUCCUGGCGAAGAGCCUCUCAUCCGGAACCUUCACUGUGUCUCUGCAGAACGCCCCCUGUGGACCGAACCUGGACGGAUCCUGCAUCCAGUCUGUGAACAUCAUCGUUCACCAGGAUCAGAGGAAAGAGGUGAUUCUGACGCAGUCCGGAGACGUCUUUGUGUAUGAGCAAUACAAAGUCAACCUGCCAUAUACCGACGAUGUGUUUGAGAUCAGAGCUUUCUCUUCGGUGUUUGUACGAGUGAAGACGUCUCUGGGGUUGCAGCUGCUGUACGACCGAGGAGGCCUCCGCCUUUACCUCCAAGUGGACGAGCGCUGGAAGGACGACACCACGGGCCUCUGCGGGACCUUCAAUGACAACACGCAGGACGACUUUCUCUCUCCAGCUGGAGUUCCAGAAAGUACUCCACAGUUGUUUGGAAAUUCGUGGAAAACAUCCUCCGCCUGUGGGACAGAAUAUCUGUCCUCUCGCCUGGACCCGUGUGAUGUUCACCUGCAGGCAGCCUCCUAUGCGGCAGAGAGCUGCAGCGUCAUCAGCAGCGGGGAUCUCUUCGCUCCCUGUCAUUCCUACCUGAGUCCCGUGUCGUAUUAUGAGCAGUGCAGGAGAGACACAUGUAAGUGUGGAGAUACCUGCCUCUGCUCCGCCCUGGCACACUAUGCCCACCAAUGCCGCCACUUCGGAGUCACCGUCAACUUCAGAGGCAGCGUCCCCAGCUGUGAUAUUCCAUGUGAAGGCUCGAUGGUCUACAGCACGUGUGUCAGUCCAUGUGCCCGCACCUGCCAGUCAAUGUCGGCUCCAGAAGUCUGUGAGGAAGAGUGUAUGGAGGGCUGUGCGUGUCCUGACAACAUGUAUUACAGCACUCAGCUCAGCACAUGUGUAGAGAGGAGCCGGUGUCCAUGUUACUUCCAGGGAAUCAAUUAUCAACCUGGAGAAAACGUCAUCACCUCCAUCGGAAAAUGCCUCUGCAUGGAUGGAGUAAUGAAGUGUGAGAGCAGCGCAGCAGUGCACAGCUGUCCAGACGGUCAGAUCUAUCGCAACUGCAGCAGUUCAGAGGUGGACAUUGCACUGAGCCCAGAGAAGACCUGUGAGAAUCAGCUGCUGAAUGUCUCUGCGUCCUCCAGCCUGCCCUGUGUGUCCGUCUGUGUCUGCCCCAGAGGGCUGGUGAAGCAUGGCACAGAGUGCCUGGAGCCGGCUGCCUGUCCCUGCUCAUGGAAAGCCAAGGAAUACUUCCCAGGAGACAUCGUGCACUCGCCCUGUCACACCUGUGUCUGCCAGCAUGGAGCCUUUCAGUGCAGCUUCCACCCCUGCCCCUCCAUGUGCACCUUCUACGCAGACCGCCAUUACCGGACGUUUGAUGGUUUUACCUUUGAUUUCGUGGGAAAUUGUAAAGUUCAUCUGGUGAAGGCUCGGUCACCAAGCAACUUCUCUGUCACAGCAGAAAAUGUGAAUUGUUUCAGCAGUGGAGCCAUCUGCAGGAAGGUCAUCUCCAUCAGCGUGGGGCGCUCUCUAAUCCUGCUCAAUGAUGACACAGGAAUGCCGAACCCUUCGAGUGUCAUCGAUACGUCCCACGAGGUGCACGUCUGGCAGGCCGGCUUCUUCACAUUCAUCCACUUCCCCUCCGAAUACAUAACACUUCUGUGGGACCAGAGGACGGCCCUUCACAUCCAGGCUGGGCCCCAGUGGCAGGGUGCACUCAGCGGCCUGUGUGGAAAUUUUGAUCUGAAAACAGUCAAUGAGAUGAGGACUCCCGAAAACCUCGAGUUAUCCAAUCCUCAGGAAUUUGGAACCAGCUGGACAGCGUCCGAGUGUCUUGACAGCCCCGACACCCGGGAUCGCUGCCGUCAGAACCCGCUGCGAGAGCCUUUUGCCAAGAAGCAAUGUGGGAUCUUGCUGAGUGAAGUAUUUGAAGACUGCCACCCGGUGGUAGAUGUGACUUGGUUUUACUCUAACUGCCUGUCGGACACGUGCGGCUGCAACCUUGGUGGAGACUGUGAGUGUUUCUGUACCAGUGUCUCGGCGUAUGCCCAUCAGUGUUGCCAGCAAGGAGUCACUGUGGACUGGAGGUCGCCCCGAACAUGUCCUUAUGACUGUGAAUUCUACAAUAAAGUUCUAGGUAAAGGUCCAUACAGGCUGCAUAGUCAGGUGGACAGAAACCUGGUGCUGGCUGUCCGAAUGACUGAUGCGACUGUGCUGCCAAUGAGAGAAGAACGUGCGAUGCCUGGACACGCCGCAGACUUCAUGAUCACCCCAGGACUAUUCAGCCCCAGAGCACAUGAUAAAAGCAUCAUCUCCUUGGAGGUAGCCGAGCGGCCAAACAUAUUCUUACAUCUGGGACGUAAUGGAACCUUACAAGUGUCCAAAUGGCAGAGAAGCGAUGAGUUCCAGAGGAGCGCAACGUUCAUAAUCCACAAGAACCGGUGGACGGCCGGGUACAGUGCCUUUGAGAGCCUCGCCAAACCCGGACACUUUGUGAGAGUCUCGGCCGCCUCCAUCUUCCUGGCAAAAUAUCAUCACUCUGCUGCAUUCAGGCUCGCCACGCUCUUCAUGUUAUCAGAUUCCAAGUUGCGUGUCGUUCUGCGAUCUUCCUGUGAGUGGCGCUAUGAUGCUUGUAGUAGUGCUUGUUACCGAACCUGCAGAGACCCGGCCGGUGAACGCUGUAACGGUGUCCCUAGGGUUGAAGGUUGCUUCCCAUGGUGCCCACCAGACAUGGUCGCGGAUGAAGUUACUAAAAAAUGUGUCUACUUCCCUGACUGUAUUGAAUCUGCAGUCAGUCUGACCACGUCCACUACCAUGAAGGUGACCUCAUCCCCCGCAGCGCCUGUAACAGGAGCCGGUGCCCUGACUGCCUUUAGCACCAGACCUGUCUCCUCCACAACCAUCUCUGCAGCGCACCGCGCCACACCUGUUGCUCCAUUACACACCACGACGCAGCCUGGAGAAAGCUCCACUGAUAUUGUGCGCACCCCAACACAGACAGAUAUCCCGAAGACCAGGACACCUACUGCUCUCCCUAUCACUACAAGGACUCAGGCAACAUCAGGUGAAGACAUUCACCCCUCACAUGUAUCAGUCCCUAGGACAGUCACCACCUCAUCUCCAUCUCCAGGCACUAUCUCCACUGAGACCAUGUCCUCUUCUGUGCCAUCCACCUUGACAACAUCCGAUGACGCCCAUAGGACUUUGACAGCUUGGCAGAAUGUAACAAGAUCAGCAGAUUCUUCACCCACUGCUGGAGUUCAGAUCAGCCGUACUGUAACCCAUUCUGAACAGUCCACCCCAAGCACAGGCCCCAUGAAGUUGUCCUCUGAGCCACACACAUCUACAUCUGGAAGUACAGAUCACACUGUCUCACAAAUAGACCAGGGAGCAUCCCUCCCACCAUCAAGGAUCACAUCUACACACUAUACCAUGGUCCCUAGACCACCAGAGAAAGCAACAUCAGUCACUGGGAUUACAAGGGAAACAAGUCAAGCUGUUGAGACCACUGGACAAUCCACCUUACAAACCUUCCUAAUGUCCACCAAGCUGGUGACCGAAACAGAGAUCUCACAUGCAAAGGAUCUGACUGAGUCUGUGGGAGGAAUAACCCAAACAUCGGGUGUAAGUAGCGUUUCUCAGAAGAUCACAAAGUCCACCACAGAAGCUCCUCAAGUCUACAGUGUGCUGCCCUUUACCACAAGUCAAGACACAAGAAGCAAAGAAUCCUUUUCUGGCUAUCCUCCCGGCAGCUCUCCGGGCCUGGUGACGAUCAGUGUUUCCAGUAUCCCUGCACAGACUCAACCAACAUCUGUUUCCAUCACAUUGUCAACAAGACCAUCUACUGCCGUAACAUUUACCUCCAAGGAGACAUCAUUAAUGUCUCAGCUGCCUACAACUGAAGGAACAAGAUUAGCUCCAACCCCAAGUGCCUCAUCUCAGGCUACAUCUAGUGAGCAUACAAUUUAUGUGGAAGGAACCAAACUACAGCGCUCAGAAGCCAUCACCAUGAAUUCAACCUCAGAGACAGCCAUUACAACUAUUACCACAAAAAUAGCUCCAUUGACUUCAGUGGCAUCCAAGGAGGCACGCGCGUCUACUGAGCUAACAUCCCAUGGCACAAGAACCUCCAAUGCCACUCAGAUGUCCACCAAACAAGGGACUGGACAACCCAUAACAGAACCCAUAGCCACAGCACAGUCCACUAGGCUCAUCCUAGACUUAAGGAAUGUAACUGGUCCAAUAAAAUCUACCCCAAGCACAAGAGGUGCACUGUCACCUACUGAUCUUCAUGUAUAUGAUACCAAACUGCCUCCUACAUACCCCUCUGAGGAGACUUCUCAGCAAACAUCUCAACCAGGGCUCUUAACAAGGACAUCCAGCAUAAGUGUCACAAUGGUUCCAGACCUGUCAGUAACACUGAGCCCCACCUAUAGUAAAACCAUUGUGACCCUAUCAUCACCAGCUUCUGAUCGCUCUCUGUUCUACACCUCCAGAACAACACAGUCCAGGAGUCUAGAAACAUAUGGAAGUGCUCCAACCUCAUUAUCUCCAGCUAUUUCUCAUCCUGGACCAUCAGUGACCACACACACUAGCACAGCAGUGGUGACCAUGUUUCCAGACACCGUAACCAUGACACACAUGAAGCCUGGCACUAGCUCCACACCAGUGCAGUCUCCCCAGCACAGUGCAACAUCUAAAGUCACCACAGAAAGCCCAUCUACAGAAGAAGCUGUGAGUACAACUGAACGGAGAGAUCUGUCACCACCAGAGGCCUAUAAAACCACAACUCUCUUCCCUUCUGCUUCUCAACCAGUGGUUGUAUCUGAAACAUUAGCCGUUCAUCGUCCAUCAACUGAGGCCUUGAUGUCUCCUGGGUCCAUUACUGAGGAGAGCCAGACCUCAGCUGUAACACCUGCUUCAUCUACAAUGUACCAUCCAUCAGUUAUCACAGGCUCGUUAACCUCGCCUGGUGACUUCACAUCUCGCUCUCCUGGCAGUGAACAGACUGCGGUGGCUCCUGACAUGAGUACAAGUGUAGCAGCAAAAUCCACAUCAACUUCACAGACAAAAUCCAAAUAUUCCACAUGGGCAGAAGCCUCACCGUACCCUCUUCAUACUUUGCCUCCUGGAAACACCACCCAUGUUCCGGUGUUCUUGACACAUGGCGUACAUGUACAAGUUCCAGACAACCAGACGACUACUCCCAGUGUUACUAUCCAGCCCCAGUACAAACUGCCCCCCACAACAGCAGCAGCGUCCACUCAACUUCUAGUGAUGACAUCAUCCAGAGCCUUCAGUGAGACAGAGACAUCGUACCCUGCCCUCCAGAGCAGCACUCCUGAUAUCUCGGCAGGUAUCACUGUGUCCUCCUUGUCAUCCAGAGAACCUGCCACAAGCCAGCCAUGCACGCCAUACACAGAAAAUGAAUGCAUUAAACAUAUCUGUGUGGACGGACAGCUAAUCCAGGUGAACAAAUCCCAACACUGUCCCUACAACGUCACUCAGCCCGGCUGCGGACUCCUAGGAUUCGCAGUCCAAAUCAAUGGAGAUCGCUGCUGCCCCAGAUGGGAGUGUGCCUGCCGCUGCUCCCUCUUCUCAGACUUGAGCUUCGUUACUUUUGAUGGACGUUAUCUUGCGUUGUAUAAAGAAGCCUCGUAUAUCUUGACUCUGACAGAGGAUGAGUCCAUUACAGUGCAGGUUUCACAAUGUGGACACACAGGCCAGGUUACACUGUGUUUAUCUGCACUGGAACUGACCUAUAUAUCCAACCAGAUCAUCAUCAAUCGUUUAAACCGAAAAGUUGUGGUGAACUCGAGGAAUGCUUGGCCAAUGGUCAGGAAAUAUGGAUACAAGAUUGUGGAUACUGGUAAUAUGUACUUAAUCGACACUCCAUCAGAUGUGAAGAUCCAGUGGUUUCACAGCACUGGUCUGAUGAUCAUUGAGUCCAACUCCACCAGUAGGCCAACGUCUAUGGGACUUUGUGGAUUCUGUGAUGGGAAUGCAACAAAUGACUUAAUUUUACCCAAUGGCCGAGUCUUGUCCAAGAGCGAUGAUUCUGAGGAGUUUGUGGACAGCUGGCAAGUUCCCUACACACUAAAAUAUGUAGGAAAGGAGAGACACCGGGACCUGAACUGCACAGUGAUGGACUGCUCCGAGUGCUUCCAGCUGAUCCUCGACCAGGCGUUCAGCAGCUGUCACCCAUAUGUGUCUCCAGAGGCGUUCUGUGAACUGUGGGUGAAGGACGUGGCAUACGCUCAGGAUCCAUGCAAAGCCCUGACUGCCUACGUCGCCAUGUGCCACAAAUUUAACGUCUGCAUUGAGUGGAGGAGACCAGACUUUUGCUCAUUUUACUGCCCCCCAUCAUUAAUCUACCAGGCAUGCCUGCCGGUCUGUGACAUCACCCCGACGUGUCAGAACAAUGAGAUUGACCUGUACGGCAGCGAGUCGUGUGCGGCACUGACCGAGGGCUGCGUCUGCGCAGAGGGAGAAGUCUUACACCGGCCAUACUCCACUGUCUGCAUUUCAGAGAGCAAAUGCGCUUGUACGGACAGCACAGGGACCCCACGUGAGAUCGGAGAGGUCUGGCGGCUAUCAGGGGCCGGAUGCUGCGCCUAUCAGUGUGUCGAUAACGAUACUAUGGUCCCAAUUCAGCUCGGCUGUUCUGAUACAGAGGAGCCGGAGUGCCGGCGAUACGGAGAGGUGCUGGUGUCCAUCUCCCAUGACCAGACAUGUUGUCCUCAGAAGCUCUGCGUGUGUAAUGAGACGCUGUGUGAUGGUCUGAUCCCAGUGUGCCGCAGCCACGAGAAGCUCACCGCCUAUUAUCAAGAUGGCUCUUGCUGCCCCCGAUAUACGUGUGAGUGUGACCCUGAGAAGUGUAACCAGGUGGACGGUGUCCGUCAGUGUCGAGAGGACCAGACGCUGUUUGCUGUUCGCACCAGGGAGUCGUGUUGUGUCAGGCACUUCUGUGGAUGUAACGUCUGCUCUGAGCCGGUACCCACCUGUCAGCAGGGAGAAAUACUCACCGUCAGCAGCAACCUUACUGACAGAUGCUGCCCCACCUACCAGUGUGUGUGUGAUACUGCUCGAUGUCCAGAUAUCACAUGUGACCUGGGAAUGUCUGCAGUCGAGAUGUGGACCCCUAAUAGCUGCUGCCCCUACAGAACAUGUGAAUGUUCCUGUGAUAAGCUCCAUAAGCCGGAGUGUAGUGCGGGAGAAAAAUUAGAAGUUGCUGAAGAAUUAUUGAAUUCUGCAGGAAAUCCCUGUAACUGCACAGUAUAUAAGUGUGUGAAGGACACCGUGUGUGUCAGUAAGGAACAUGGCGUCCUGCGCCCAGGCCAGACCGUGGUCCAGCACACGUCUGAGGGAGUGUGUCACUCUGCCCACUGUACCUCCGCCAUUGACCCCCUGACUAAAUACCACCUCAUCAACGUCUCCUCCCUGAAUUGUGCUGCCAAAUGUGAAGCUAAUCAGCUGUAUGAGCCGCCACGAGACGUGACCCGAUGCUGUGGGCGCUGUAGGAAUGUGUCAUGUGUCCAUACCUUGCUAAAUGGUACAGUCCUCACUCACAAGCCCGGUUCUACCUGGAUUUCUAAGUGUGUCAAAUAUGACUGCACAAACACACCCCUAGGACCAGUGUUAGUCACGUCCGCCGUCAGCUGCCCCCCAUUUAAUGAGACAGAGUGCAUAAAGAUGGGAGGAUAUGUUGUGUCGUUCUUAGACGGAUGCUGUAAAACAUGCAAAGAAGAUGGAAAGUUUUGUAAGCGAGUCACUGUGCGGAUGACAAUCAGGAAGAACGACUGCAGAAGUAACACUCCAGUGAACAUCGUGUCAUGUGACGGGAAGUGUCCAUCGGCCAGCAUCUACAACUACAACAUAAACACGUAUGCGCGCUUCUGUAAGUGCUGCCGCGAGCUGGGGCUGCAGAGACGAGUCGUGCAGUUAUAUUGUAGCGGAAAUUCAACCUGGGUCAGUUAUUCCAUUCAGGAGCCAACGGACUGUUCCUGCCAGUGGUCGUGAGCGCCACCUACCGGUAACGCUUGAUAACCAGCUGUAUAUAGUCCCUUCCUCUGCACCAGGCCAAGGAAAAGUGCCAAAAAGAGCUUCGUCUCAGCCAGAAAGUUGUGUUUCUUAGGGUGUCUGCAGGAGCGACUUUAGUGCAGCAUUCAAGCGUCCGUUAGGCUUCACAUCACCGUUACUUUUCCGUUCUUCUAAAGAAAAACGGAUUCUGUAUUUUAAGCAUCCGCUAUGCACACAGGACUUUUGUUUUUUCUAAAAUAACGGAUCUUUGACAGAAAUGGCUCAAAUGCAAACGAAAUGUGCAGAACUGGUGGUCAGGAUCCAUUUUUCUUCUUCUGUCGGAUAAGAAGAACGGAAAAAUAAACGGCGAUGUGAACUCGCCCGUACUGAGACAAGAUAAGGAACAUGGAUUCAGGCCUAACGUGACCUCACACUGACCACAGGCUGGUGAUAUCCCACCGCUUACCCUCCACAGGCGGCCCACUCAAGGGUCCAGGGUGUGACGGACGGAGGGCAGGCUCAGCUCCCAGAACUGUGCUACCAGUGAUGGCUGUUUCCUUUAUUGAUGCCACCUAACCCCUCCAUGCUGGCGCAGGACACGUCUGUGGCCUGCAGGUGGCAGUCUGGAGCUGUGGAGCCCCCGGUGCCGUCCCUUCUAACAUGACUGGAAACCUUCCUGCAGCCACCUGUAAAGUGCUCCCUACGUGCCAGUCAGUAUAUCAUGCUGCCAUGUAGAGCGCCUGAGCUCGGAGCACUUACCUGAAGAACUGACAAUCAUAUGGGUCACUGUGAACUGCAGCAGGACUACAAACAACGCUCAUAAUAAAAUGAA